AACAGAUACUACGAAUUUAGGGAAAAAAAUACUUUCUUUUUAGUUGCCCUAGACUCUAGUUUCAGUUCUAAACCUGAGGGUAAGGGCUCAUCGAUAUUUCUGGCGACGGCUACGAGCCCUAGACACCGAGUGCCACCGGGGCCUCUCGGCCACUACCCUGCUUGGGCUGGGAGUUACGCCCGUGCGCUCUAGAGCUGUCAGGGUAUUUGGGGUGUUCGGUUGUAAAGGAGGCAGUUUUCCAAAUUUCCCUACAGACAAGCCGGGGAAGGUCACUCAUUCCUCUUGAGGGUGGGGAGUACUUUUGUUUUAUCGCGCUCGUUUCCUGGGGGAACAGAAUUGCUAGACGCAAUAGGUGCGUAGUCUUUAGCCUUCCCCAGUCCCUCAGAGAGCCGGAAGGGGUUAAAUCUCAGGCUCCAGCAGCUCCGCAGAAGCUGUCAUAUUUAGCAUGUUUCCACUGACUGAAGAAAACAAGGCCGUGGCCCGGCUGUUGCUUAGUACCGGCACCUGUCCAAGAUGUAUCUUCAGAUUCUGUGGUAUAGAUUUUCAUGCACCUUACAGACUUCCAUUCAAGGUAUGCCAGAAAAUUGAGACCUCGGGGUUUGAAUUCACCAACUUGAUGUUUUCAGUCUCCUUCCCACCACAGGUAUUGGUAAGAGAGCAUGCAGCAUGGUUGCUGGUAAAACAGGAAAUGGGAAAGCAGAGUUUGUCGCUGGGGAGAAGUGAUGUAGUUCAGUUAAAAGAAGCCUACAAAUGGAUAAUGCACCCCUUGUUUUCAGAGGAACUGGGUGUUCCCAUCGAUGGAAAGAGCUUAUUUGAAGUGAGUGUGGUCUUCGCUCACCCAGAAACAGUUGAGGAUUGCCACUUCCUAGGUACAGUUUGCCCAGAUUGUUUCAAGCCAGCCAAAAACAAACAGUCAGUGUUCACUAGAAUGGCAGUUAUGAAAGCUUUGAAUAAGAUAAAAGAAGAGGAAUUCCGCAAGCAGUUUCCUUGUCCUCCAAACUCACCAAAGGCUGUAUGCACUGUUCUUGAAAUUGAAUGUGCUCAUGGUGCUGUUUUUGUAGCUGGGAGAUACAAUAAAUACUCCAGAAAUCUACCCCAAACUCCUUGGAUAAUUGAUGGAGAAAGGAAGCUGGAAUCUUCAGUGGAAGAAUUAAUUUCAGACCAUCUACUGACAGUAUUUAAAGCAGAGAGUUUUAACUUUUCAUCCUCUGGAAGAGAAGAUGUCGAUGUGAGAACCUUAGGAAAUGGAAGACCCUUUGCAAUUGAGCUGGUAAAUCCUCAUAGAGUAUACUUCACUUCACAAGAAAUUAAAGAACUUCAACAGAAAAUUAAUAAAUCAUCCAACAAAAUCCAAGUACGUGAUUUGCAACUUGUCACAAGAGAAGCAAUAGGGCAUAUGAAAGAAGGUGAAGAAGAAAAGACCAAGACCUAUAGUGCCUUAAUAUGGACUAAUAAAGCAAUACAGAAGGAGGAUAUUGAAUUCCUAAAUGAUAUAAAGGACCUAAAGAUUGACCAGAAGACACCUCUACGUGUUCUUCACCGAAGGCCCUUGGCUGUGAGAAUGAGAGUCAUUCACUCCAUGGAGACGCACUUCGUAGAUGAGCACCAUUUUCGCCUCUGUCUGAAGACCCAAGCUGGAACCUACAUUAAAGAGUUUAUACAUGGUGACUUUGGGAGAACCAAGCCAAACAUCGGCUCUCUGAUGAAUGUGACCGCAGACAUUCUUGAACUAGAUGUGGAGUCUGUAGAUGUUGACUGGCCACCUGCCCUGAAUGACUAGCUUUGGUCUCUGGAGACGAGUAGGGUUUUCCUAGCGUGAUGUGGACAUCCAUGCAGCAUACCUGUAAAAUGGCUGGUUAC